UUCUCCUCCAAGGGGCUGUUCCUCAUCCCUCCUCCUCAGCUGGUUCCUGUCCUUCUUUCCCUCUCGUUGGUGCUGCUGCUACUCUCUGUUGCUGCUCCGUGGUUGGCACCGCCUUCGUUUCACACACUCCCUGGUCUCUGCUUGGUGCCGCUAAGUCGUUUCCUUAUCGCCCAAACCCCCCCCCCCAGUCAUUCCACACGGCUGCGUGCCUUGACUACUAGUGCACCUGUCACAUUGUUUGGUUUCUGCAACAAAAGAUCAUUCUCUCCUCCCCUUUGUCAUCGUCUGAUUUUGUUCCGUUGGAUGGGUUCCGGGAAACCGGUGCUGUGAUCCCAAAUCCUCAAAUUCGGUUGGUCUCAGCAUCCCCGCUCCACCGGACUUCGACCGUGUUUACGCCUGGGACUAAUCCACACCACCCACAGAUACCAUCCGAACCCAACAUCUGUCAUCCAAAUAUGGAUGCGUCGCAACUGCCCGUGGCCGGCACUUCGGAUGUCGCAAAUCAGGCGCAUCUGGAGCAAUCCCAGAGCCUCGAUACACCCGCUCCCGCAAGCCUCGGACUGGCGGGACCAGACGAGUUCACAAGCACAAAUGGCUACAGUAGCGACUCGCGCGCCCACUACUCCUCCCACGAAUUCAACUCUCCGGCUCGCGAUUUCCACAAUGAAAACGAUCAACCUCGACAGAACUUCUCCCCGCUGACCCAUCAGCCACAACCGUUAUCGUCAUCCCGGCCCAGCUCCGAAAUGUCCACCAGCCUGCCUCAGCCUACGCACGAUGUCAGCCAAAAGCAGCCGUCGCAGUCAACCAAGAACAGCGUGGUGAUCAAGGUGGGUAUGGUCGGAGAUGCCCAGAUCGGAAAGACCAGUUUAAUGGUGAAAUAUGUGGAGGGUAGUUGGGACGAGGAUUAUAUCCAGACUCUCGGUGUCAACUUCAUGGAGAAGACCAUCUCCAUUCGGAAUACGGAGAUUACGUUCUCGAUUUGGGAUCUGGGUGGCCAGCGUGAAUUCGUCAACAUGCUUCCCCUUGUGUGCAACGAUGCUGUCGCCAUUCUGUUCAUGUUCGAUCUCACGCGGAAAAGCACUCUGAACUCAAUUAAGGAAUGGUAUCGACAAGGUCGUGGGUUCAACAAGACUGCCAUCCCCUUCCUGAUCGGUACCAAAUAUGACCAUUUCGUCAACUUUCCCCGCGAAGACCAGGAAGAGAUCUCGAUUCAGGCGAAACGGUUUGCCAAGGCCAUGAAAGCUAGUUUAAUUUUUAGCAGUACGAGUCACAGCAUCAACGUGCAGAAGAUCUUCAAGAUCGUCUUGGCCAAGGCUUUUGACCUCAAGUGCACGAUUCCCGAGAUCGAAAAUGUUGGCGAACCCCUGCUACUGUAUAAGAACGUCUGAGUCACGACCAAAUGAGUGGGAUGAACGAUUACGUAUAAGGGACGACGUGAUGUUGAUGAUCGAACUUUCCCUACUUUGGGCUGUAGGAUAUCGUGAUCUGGUGCCAAGUCCUGGGGAUCAGAAGCGACUGGUCUGUUGGUGUCCUCGCUACUUUCUUUGUCUAUUUCCGUCUGUGUCUUUUCCUCAUAAGCAUUGGGAUGCGCUAGGAUUUCCUUCGUGUUGAUCACUUCUCUUUGUUCUUCCAUUUUCCUUUCGCUUUCAUUGUGUUAAAUUCCCCACAUUGUUUCUACUUUUCUCUUCUUUGAGCCCGUCGGCCGCGGGUUGACGAGUCACAUUGGCGGGCCUGCGGCGAUGGAGCAGGAGUGCUCGGUUACGGCAUUGGCCUGAUAUAUCUCUUUUUCUCCUAUUUCUUUUUCUACUCCAUGUCAUUACAGCCACAGUGGGUACUGUUUCCUAUGUCCAGAUAGCUCUAAUGUGACCUGAGGUGCUAUUUGCCUCGGCAAGAUUACAUAUUUCAUACAGGAUCUUCCACUUCUUGGAGGUGCUGCACCUUAAUAAUCAAAGAUAGACCAGCCAUUCAUCAACAUUUACCUUAUAUAUCUUUCUCGAAUCCAGUGCAGUUUGUUACAG